GAGAAACUUGCUGGAUUACGGUUUGUUGUGCGGACGAUAAAACCCGGCCAUGUCAUUUACACGAUAAGUUUCAUUCGAUUUUAUUUUACGACAAAAUAACCAAGUGUUGAAAACAAAAUACGUUAAGAAGUUACUAACAAAAAAAUAAUAACCUUAAAUGAGCUAUGAAUUGAAGCUAAUAAAAACGAGGUGAACAAAUAAAAAUUGUUGAAAAAAAAACAACAACGAUACAAAGUCUUUAUCUAAAGGAAAUAAAAGUGCUUAGAAAAAUAAGAAAACAAAAAAAUUAGUGCAAAAAUAUUCAGCCGAAAAAACAACAACAAAACUUUGUUUUGAAGUCGAAAGCCAAGUUAAGAGAUACGAACGUCUUACAUCUUAAAUUCGGUGAUCACAUUCACGUACCUUUUUGGCCUGGCGUCGGAUUGAAGUGAAGCUAACUGGCUAUUUGUGUCUGUCUGUUUGUCGCUCUGUCCAUCAUUUGCGGUUUUUGUGAGCGGGUCCAGCAGAUUUUUGUUAUUGUUUCUUCUAUUCGUAUAUUUGUCGGUUGUGUUGUUUAUCCGAAAAUUUUGUUUUGUUAAAUUUUUGGCAAUUUUUGAGAAACCUUUUCUACCGUCUACCACGACCACGAUGAUGAUGAUGUUUUGAUAUUUGCCUGAUGAUCAUCGUUCGAUCUUUUGUUGCCUGCUGUGUGUGCUGUAUUUCAAUAUUCUGCCAGUAUAUAUUUUUUCUGUGUGUGUGUCUGUUUCAAACUUGAUUUUGUGUUAAAUGCGAUUUAAGUCGCCUGUUUUGUUUUUGCAAAAGAAAUCUGACAACGAAGACAAUAAAAAAUGCAGACCAAGGAAAAAAAAUUGAAGAAAACAUGAUUGAAAUACAAACAACGUGAUAUUGUGUUUUUUCCACAAAAAAAUCGAAAUUUUGGUAUUUUAACAACAUCAAUACACUGAGAGAGCGAAAAAUGAAAUUGAAACAAAAUCCUCAGAUUUGAGAGCAAAAAUCACUAAAAAUUUGAAAACCAAACAAAAAAAAAGUGAAGUUAACAUUCUUCGAGUUCCUUUAUUUAUAUUGUCCUGGAUUAAAUAUAUUUAAAGAGAGCUCGAAUCAAAUCCUUGUGAAAUUUAAGAAGAUUCUAAAAAUAAAAAAAACCAAAAUCUCCAAUCAACCAUGAAAAUGUUAAUCAUGUUUGUGUAGAUUUUUAAAAGCAAAAGAAAUUCAAAACUUCCCAAUACACAAGUGUUUUUCCCAGAAUUUCGGUGAAACAAUUUUUGAACGAAAAAUUCCUAUUUUGAAUCCAAAAACCCAAACACACACACACAUUCUCAUCAAAAUGUUGGAUAAAUCAAGCGGUUACUGUUCAUUGGAUUAUGAUGUACCGGUCACAAGACCCACCAAAAUCAAUAAGAAACUCUAUGCCAAAGCCUUGUACGACAAUGAUGCUGACUCACCCGAUGAAUUGGCCUUUCGCAAGGGCGACAUAUUGACCGUGUUGGAACAGGACACUGAAGGUUUAGUCGGUUGGUGGUUGUGUACAUUACGCGGACGUCAGGGUCUUUGUCCUGGUAAUCGUUUGAGAAUAUAUAAUUCAUACGAUUCCGGUUGCUUUUCACCAUCGCCCUCAUCGUCACCAUGCCCCUCCCUGGCGGCGAGUACAGCCACACUGAAUAGCUCCAUAUGUUCGGCGGAUAUCUAUGAGAAUAUAUCGAUUAUAAGUGGUUCCGGUAGCAGUGGCAUCAGUUCAAAUAGCACUGGGUCCAGCGGUAGUGGUGGUGGUGUUGGUGCCGGCAAUGGCAUUAGCGCCAGUCAAACCCAACUGAAUACAUCGACACCAUCGUCAUCAGCCAUAAACUUGCAGCAACGCCAUGGCACACGAAGGUCAUGGCAUGUGUCACCCAACAAGGUCAUUACACCACAACGUCAUGGUGAUGUUUAUAUUUACAAUAUACCCCAACAACAGUUGCACCAUCAACAACAGCACCAACACCAGCAACACCUAUCACAGUCACACUCCCAUAUCCAACAACAACAUCACCAGCAACAGAUCUAUCAAAAUCUUCCUGGGCGCUCACUAAGUCACGAAUUCGAAACGUACGACAUACCCAAACCGGCAGUACCCGUCAACUACGAUACGCCAGUUAAUAUUAAACGUAACAUGGCUCAGUUGUAUCCGGCCACCAUGAAAGCCUGCUCCACACCGAUACAAGAAGAAAACUACGAUGUGCCAAGACCACUAAAUUCUCUGCAUCAGCACACGCUGACGCCGAGCAGUUCGAAUUCAUCGCUGCUGACCAGUGAAAGUCUGUCGUUGUCAUUUUCAUCAUCGAAUCGUUCGUCGCUGGCCAAUAUGCCGGAUUAUGAUGUCCCGAGAAGUAAUCCGUUGCCCGUGAGGGCAGUGUUGCGACAACAGCAGCAGCAGCAGCAGCAGCAACAACAACAGCAGCAAAGACCCUCAUCCAGGGCCUCGGUCAAUGGUAAUUGUUCGACCUAUGAUUUUCCCAUACCCACAAAUGGUGGUCAGGACAAAAAUGGCCCGGUUCAGGGUGGUGGGGUGGUUGCAACCAAAGAAUUACCGCUGGAAUUGUCAUCGGCAUUGGAAACGCUGGCUAAACUGCAGUCGGAGACGACAACGGCAAUAACUAGACUUUUGGCUUUUGUCUCUCCCGAUUGGCGUAGCCGUGACAAAUUCGAACCUGUCCUAAUGGAGGUUAAGCUGGCCGCGGUGCGUUUGCGUACCGCUCUCCAUGAUUUAGCUGAAUUCGGUGAAGGAGCUUUGGGUAAUGCCUCCAAAUCUGAAGAUCGCACCUUGGCCCAGAAACUGAAACCCAUUAUUCGCGCUCUUCGAGAUGCCAAUAAAUUGGUACAGGAAUCCUGUGAAGUCCUUGAGGCUAACGGUGGCUGGUCACUGGAGCAGCUGGUGCGUAACGAUGACAAAGGCACUUGCAAGUCUCCGGAUAGUCUGGAUCGCCUAAUAGCCUGUGCUCAAACGCUUACCGAAGAUGUCCGCUCCACAACGUCCUUUAUACAGGGCAAUGCUUCGCUGCUAUUUAAACGGCAAUUGAAUGAAACCAUUGUCGAGGAAUCCUCGGUCAUCAAUCAAACCACAUCGGUGCCACAUACGCCCACUGCCAACGAUCCUGGAGAUCACAGUCAGGCUGAUUGGUUGGAGGACUACGAUUAUGUCUCCUUCGAGUCGAAGGAAGCGGCGGCCAGGAAAAACUCCUCACUACGUGAAAAUAUCCAAGAUAAUUUGAAGAAUAAAUUCGACACCGAACUGAAGGUGGCCGAGAACACAGUGCUCACCAUGGCCAACAGCAUGUCACCCUCAACGCCCAGCAAUGGCAAAAAGCCAGCCCCUGAAAUGACCGAUAAAGAUAAAAUGCUGGUACGCUACUAUGCCGUACAGAUCUCCACCCACAUGGGCAAUCUAAGGCAGGCCAUUGAUUCCUUCCUGGAAACUGUGGAGAAAAAUCAGCCACCCAAGUUUUUCAUUGCCUAUGGAAAAUUUGUGGUGGUAAGUGCCCAUAAUCUGGUGACCAUUGGCGAUAUUGUGCAUCGCAAUGUUUCCAAAAUGGAUUUGAAGGAAAAGAUCCUCAGAUGUACCAAUAACCUGGCGGAGGCUUUAAAAACCUGUGUCCUUAAAUCCAAACAGGCAGCUGCCCAUUUUCCCAGCGUCACAGCGGUCCAAGAAAUGGUUGAUUCCGUGGUGGAUAUCAGCCAUUUGGCUUCGGAUUUGAAAACAGUCAUGCUACAUGCCGUGCAAUUGACAACCUAAAGGAAGUCAUGUGGAAAAAUAGAAUCAGGAUACCCAAACAAGGCUUCAAAAGUCUUCCAUAUACAUAUGAAAAGAAAACAAUGUUUUUCUCCCCCCAAGAAAAAAAAAGUGAAGCUUUUUGGCAACGAAGAAAACUAAAUCAUAUAAAAAAUUCAAAAUCGCACACACACACACAGCCACUGAGAAAGCUGUUGCUAAAAAGCUUUAAAAGCUAGAUACCAUAUUUAUGAAACAGAAACCCAGAUCAUGGCUUUUUGUAAAGAGAAGCUUAAAGAUUUAGUAUGAAACACUUUGAAGAAAAUGAGCUUGGCUAAAGCUUAAUGCAACGAUUAGUUAGUUUGUCAAAGCUUUGUUGAAGUUUUCUUUAUUUUUGUAAUAUUUUUUUUUUAAUUAACUACCAGAUAACCAAAGAAAUUUGUUUUUAAGAAGAGCAGCAUAACAGGCGAAAGCUUUUAGGAAGGUAAUCGAAGGAAAUAAUGAGUAAAAUUAAGUUACAACUCUUCUUUGGAAAAAAAAAAACACAAAAUUUCAUCUGACAUGUAACGAGAAACAAAAAAAAAAGUUGUGGAAAUUUUGGCCGUUUCUGCACAAAAAGCUUUUCACAAUGCUAUAGGUUUAAAAGCUUUACAAUUCCAAAAAAUAUAUAUAAUUUGAAAUUAUAAUGUAAAGUUAAUGAAAGACAGGUGCCACUAUUUUAUUUUAAAAAGCUUCCUUUUAGAGAGCUUUUUGCAAUACAAUAGUCCAAAAGCUUCAAGAAUCCAAACUUGAUUUCUAAAGCUCCAGUAAAGCAUUAUGAACCAAACACAAGGAUUUUUUGUCAUACGAUAGCCUAAAAUAUUUAAGAAUCUGGAAAUUGUUUUUUAGCAUUUUACAAUACAAUAGCCUUAAGGCUUUAAGAGUCUGGAAAUUGGGGAGAGAUAUGACUGCAACAUACCCACUCAAUGUGCUUUGAAUAAAAUCACAAUCUCAGUAUCGAUUUGAAUUCUUUAUGACAAUUAGAUGGAGCUCUGCUCUGUUUGCUUGUCCUCCAUACAAAAACGUGAGAAAUGACUCAGUCUGGCUCAAGCCGCUGUUCUUUCGAUUGCCAAUCUCACCUGUCGUCUCAAUAAAACCCUCCUUGUAGUUUGCUGAAAAAAGGCUUGGGUUUUAGGACAAGUAGAUGGCGCUUCGCAUCUCACGAAAUUGUGCAAUAGACAACACUAAAUAGUAGAUCUUCUAAACCUGGGUGUGCAAGGUCAUGAUUUAAGUUUGCUUUGGGGCUGUAUUUGAGAUUUACGACAAUUAGAUGGCGCCCUGUUCGUUUUGGAUUCCAUACAAAAAACGAGAGGAGAGAGAGAUAGAGGAAUGACUGCAGUUUCUGUCGGCCUUUCAGAAAAAUCAACCACUAGUACUUGUGAUGGCAGACUUAGCUGGUGUCUUGCGUAGCAUGCUUCAAGUUUGCUUCAGAGCUGCCAAAAAUAUUUGAAUAUUUAUGAAAAGUAGAUGGCGCUUUCUUAGUUUGGAUUUUGUUCCAUAGCAACAAGGGAGAAAAGACAUAGCUGUCUCUGUCCCUCACAAAAAUCAAGCGGUAUUUCUAACGUCUUAAUAAAGUCAUCCUUUUAGUUUGCUGCAUAGCGCUAGGGUUUUUUAUGACAUACAGAUGACGACUCAUAUUAAACGGAUUUCUAAAAAAAGCCAAAAGAAAUUGGCUGUUCCUUUAAACUUUGGUGUCGAUUUUUCUCUUUGUGCGCGUUAAUGGGCAAAACAUCAGCAUUGCCUUAUAUACAUAAGUGAUUCAUAGAUGGCACCAUGUGUUCAUUAUUGUUGAUCAGCCGUCAGAUUAACACUGUCAUUAACUGACCUCAAAACGAUUAUCUUUUCAUGAAAGAAUAUAGACUGGCAAAUUGUUCGAUUCAGAGCAUUUGAAAAUGUUCCAAUUUCGUGACAAAUAGAUGGCGCCUCUUAGUGAACGGAUUUGUAACAUAGCCAACAAAAAUAGUCAAAAAUCAAUCAAACUUUGGUGUGGAAUUUUAGUUUCGUUAGCUUGUGAAUGAUAUUUACCGCUGAAAUCUCACUGAACUUUAUUAAUGAGCAAAAGAUCAACAUUGCCUUAUGUAGAUGAGAAAUAGAUGGCGCUAAAUUGAUUUUUAAUGGACUGGAAAAGUUCCGAUUCCGAUUUUUAUAAUCUUCGAGAGGUGUUGAAAGAUUUCCAUGGCUACCGUUUUUAAUUCAGUCACUAGAUGUAGUGAAUGGCCAAGAUUUGAAUGCGGCCUAGGAUUACUUUCUUCCCUUAUGAUCCAGUAAUUUGGCUGUCUUGCAUUUUUGGCCUCUCUCCUUCUGCUUCCCUUCGUCUUCUCUAAAUACGCUCAAACGACAGUUUAUUUAAAUCUUAGUAGAUUCUGGCUCUUGCUUUGCUAAAAACGGGACUUUUAACGUGUCAUAUUGACAAAUAGAUGGCGUCUUUUGUUGAAUGUUUUUCAAAAGGAUAUUGAAGCCAAUCGACUUAAUUUCAAACUGUUGGAGAGGUUCGGAAUUUUUUAAGUAAUUAUGAUAAAUAUUUAAAGCUAAGGACGAAAAGAAUCUGACUUUAGGUUUGCUUCAAAGUGACAACUAUCGUUUUCCGUUGAUGACAAAUAGAUGACGCCUUUGUUUUUGAAAUGUUUUCAAUGGAAAUUAAAGUUCCUCAAGUUAAUUUGAGAUUGUUGAUGAGAUUUGGAAUAUUUUAAAAUCGAUCCUCACUUUCCGCAUGAGUGCCUCUGUUUGAAUUACAUUGCCAAAUUUAUUGAGUCCCUAUGUCGUAAUCCCCGAAUGACAAGUAGAUGGCGCCGCUUGUCUGCUGGAGAACUAUCUGAGCUACAUUUUUUGCAUUUAAUUCCUACAUUGUAUGGACCCUUGGAAAACAUAUAAUCCUUUGCAUUUCUCUGUUUAGACAACAUAAUUCGAAGCGUUUGAUUCAUUUCAGAACUGUUUAUAUCUCUUAGAUUUCUCGGCAUGUAGAUGGCGCCUGUAUCUCUUGUUCUAUAAAGAAAGAACAGAUUUGUUUCUUUUCAAAUUACAGAACUCCAUUUAAUUGUAGAAGAUCUAUAUUGUGAAAAUACUACCCAUGACUUUGACAAAUCAAGAAGCAAAUCAGAAUUGUUGUAACUUUACGUGGCCAGUAGGUGAUUUCAAAUUUUUGAUAUUCCAAGCUUUUUCGUAGACCCUCUUUGGACUAUUUCCAUCAUUUAACCCAUCAUUUGAAUGGAGAUUUUCGCCAAUUUUUGGCAGGGGUUUUAAUUUCGGGUUUUUGUGCACAAUGUUCCGUUGUAAAAAAACACUCCUUAAUUUAUUCAAAAAUUUCCCUCAAUUUUUUUUUCUUGGUUUCUCGUUACAAUUAUAAAAUAACAACAAGCUAAAAUAACUAAAAUAUACAUAUAGUCUGAAAUCAGCGUAUCGUUCCUUACAAAAUACAAAAACACAUAUACAUAUAUGUAUGCAUACAAUACAAAAUUAUAUAUCAAAAAAAAAACUAACAAUAACGAUUGUCUAUUUUAUUAGCUGUAAUUGUUUCUCUCCCCCCCUCUCUCCCAAAAAUUGAUCUGUUAACUUUUUAAUUAUUUUUGUAAAUGUUAUUAAUUUUUAAGGCAACACAAAAAAGAAAAAGGAAUUGAUUCAUGAUAGACACACACUCACACCAAAACGUGAAAGGCCAGAUAAAGUAGGGAAACACAGUCCCCUAAGAUUUUUUACCCUCUUCAUAUAGUUCCCUGCUAGAAAUAUAGUCCAGUUAUUAAUUAGUCCCUGUAAAUAUUAUUUAUAUUUAUUAUUUUUAUUUUUUUGUAAUUUCCAAUUUGUAAAUAGUUCAUUAGGUCCUUUUGUAUUUCGUAAUUAUUUUUUUAUUUUCCCAUUUCCUUCAACCUCUCACGAAAAAAUAUGUAUUUCUCUUUUUUUUAAUAAAUAAAAAAUAAUAUCUUAAUCAGAAAAAAACAGAAGGUAUUUUUAUUUACCUGAAAAUAAAAACCAACCCACAAAAGUACUUAGCAAGAAAUAAGGCAUAAAAUAAAUAGAAAAACAAAACAUACAACAAAUCCAAAUGAGAAUUAAUUAUAAGUUCUUACUUUGUAUACAAAAAAAAAAAACAACAAACAAAAAAACAGUAAAAACUAACUAACUAACAUUUAAGUUAAGCCAAUUAAUGUGAAUUCGUUUGGAUUAAGGCAAUAGCAACAAAGAAAACAAGUCUUAAAGAUUUUUUUCUUUGCCAUUUUUCUGUAAUACAGCAAACAACAACA